GCGCCUCCUCCGUCGAUCCCAAUUCACAACUCGCAGCUCACCGUCGUCUCCUCUGCUAAGCAUUCGCCCACCGCCGUCACCUCUCUGAAUCUUCUCGAGCGAGGCUUUCUCCAUCGACAGCAACCAGAUGGCUCGCUUCGCCGUGGUCGCCGCCAUCCUCGCACUUCUUGCCGUCGCCGCAGCCGCGCAGGGCCCCAUGCCGGCGCCCAGGAUGGCCCCGCUACCCGCGCCGCCGGCGAGGUCCCCGGCCACCGCGGUGUCGCCGUCCCCGAUGGCUUCUCCGCCGGCCCCGCUCACCGACGCUCCCUCCGCGAUGACGCCCUCGACGGUCUCUGCCACACCCGCGGGAGCCCCCGUCGGCGCCCCGAGCGGCACCCCCGCAAGCUCCGCCGUGUACACCUCCGCCGCCAGCUUCGGCGCUGUCGCCGGAGCGGUGGCCGCCGCCAUCUUGUUCUAGAUGGACCCACGACUCUGUCUCUGCUUGCUGUUGUCUAUACAGUUUCAUCAUUUCUGAGAUUCUUUACUGCUCGUAUUACAGAUCGAGGAAAGGUUACACGACAUUGCGAUGUAAUCUUAUUAUGAGAUUAUUAUGAAUAUACAAAUUCGUUCAUUUGUUACCUUA